UUCUUAUAACUGAUUUAUCUUUAAGAAUCAAACAAAAACAAAAGCCUAGGAGAGAAAAUGGGAGAUCAAGGAGUACAACAGAUGCAGCAGCCUAUUGUUGUGUAUCCAAACGCUUACAAUAAACAGUAUCCAGACCCUUCUUCUACAAAACCUUCUUCUUCCUCUGGCUCAAGCGGAAACUUUGGGACGGUCUUCAUAGUCCUAGCCGUUAUCUUUGUCUUGUCGGCUCUGGCUUGUGUCUUUGGCAGGCUAUGUAACCGUGAAAGCCGUGCGGCUAAGCAGCAACAUAGCAAGCAUCCAAAGCAUGAGAAAGCUUCUUCCAAGAAGAGCCGUGAGAUUCGUCCCGUGGAGCGUGAGCCGAGGGAGAGAGGUGAUAUGGAGUUUGGGUUUGAUAUGAAACGGCCUGAGCCAGUUGAGAAACCUUCUGGAAGAGACGAUGAAAGACAUAGAGAGGACAUAGAAUUCGGAUUUGAUAACAAGAGAAGAGAAAGAGGCGAAGGCGAAGGCAGAGGCGGAGGAGGACCACCUCCACCGAGUAUCAAACAUGCAGUGAGGUUCAAGCUACCGGAAAAUGGAGAACAUCAUUCUAAAGGAGAGAUCAGACGUGGAGGUCCUGACUUCGAGUUCCGACCAGGACACUAAUGAUCUUAAUUUGUCUAAGAACAAACUACUUUAUGUGUAUGUCUUAAUUGCUUCCUCACUUUUAUUUCUUUUGUGCCUUUUUCUUUUCUGGUUUGAUUCGUUUUCCUUCUUAUUGGUAUGGAUCUUAGAGCUGAAGCUAUCAAACUUCUUAUAGUCUCUUGGUGUGAUGUAUAAAGUAGACUCUCUACAUAUCAAAGGUACUAAAUAAAAUCCAUAAUAUUUC